AUGAACUUCGUUGUGAAUGUACGGUUAUAUUUUCUGUCAAUAAAUAAGCGCGUAGUGGCAUAAACGUUUUAAGUUAAAUAGAACAUUUUAUUUACUAUUUGUGUUAUAUUGUUAUUUAAGAAUUUAAAAUGUUGACCUCAAGCAACCAGUAUCUCAGACCGGAAUAUCUUACUCCUCUACCAACGACUUUGGAUGCUAAGAAAAGUCCAUUGGCGUUGUUAGCUCAAACAUGCAGUCAAAUCGGUGCUGAUUCUCCAAACUCUAAACUUUUAAGUGCAAGUGCUGAUAAAUCUUCAAAAUCAAAAGAUUCAUCGAAAGAAAAAAACAGUGAAAAUGCCAACAAAUCAUCUUUUAAAAGUCAUGACUUAACAAGAGAAAAGUCAAGAACCCCAGAAGGUAGAUCAAGUUCUACAUCCAACGGUAGUAGAGUUAGAUCUCCUUUAGCUGUAAAAAGUAACACACCAGCCAAUAAUGGACGUUGUGCUAGUAAUCAAAGUGCUUCUUCGCCAAGACCUUCACCUAAUAAUGAAAGGAAUACUCCUGCAACUGAAAAUUCAACGGAAAGAACUUCACCUUCGAAAUCACCUGAAAGAAAUGGCCUACAAACACCAACAUCAUCGGCUAUGAAGACUGCUUUCACUCCAAAUAUUUUAACUUCUUCGUCGGACCCUGCCAUUAAAGACUUACCUUUGGGUACCUUUAAACCUGGUGUACCAGUGACUUCCACCUUUAUGCCAGGGUACCCAAGCGCAGGAUUUUUACCAAUGGACUUAAUGACAAGUAGUUUAAUGUCUCAACAUCAUGCUCUCAAGACUGGAGGUUUGAGUCCAUAUUUAAGUUACGGAAGACUUAAGACACAGGACUCCAUGCCUUCAGUGUGCCGCGAUCCUUACUGCACCGGUUGUAGUGUUAGCUCUCAUAUGCUUGGAACUGCAAAAUCUGGUGCAUGCCCCGCCGGUUGUUCUCAGUGCGAUCAUGCAAAAAUUCCAACCUCCACAGGAUACUUGACGCAUAGUCCUGUUGCGGCCGCUUAUGCCCAUGCUCAAUUGGCUGCACUUGCAGCUGCAUCGCAUUUGCCUUACGUUUGUAAUUGGAUUUCUGGGGAUCAUGCCUACUGCGGAAAGAGGUUUUCCAGCUCUGAAGAGUUGUUGUCUCACUUAAGAACUCAUACCAGUGUGGUAUCGGUGUCCGAAGCGAAUUCAGCACUAUCGAUGCUAUCCAGUCCUACUGGUAUGCCGACGCAUCCUUUGUUACACAGGACGUAUCCUACGCCGCCUUUGAGUCCGUUGGCCACAGCUAGGUACCAUCCAUACAGUAAACCGUCCCUCAUGCCGUCUUCGUUGAGUACUUCACCGUUGUCGGGAUUUCCUCAUCUAAGCCAUCCUGGUCUAUCACCAUAUUUAUCCCCUUACUCUUUGUACGGGCCUAGGCUGGGUGCCGCUCCAGGAAUGCAUCCAUAGGACAUAACGUUUUGUUAAAGCCAAAUAUGAAGCUGUGUUACGAUAGACUUUACCUAGUCUCACAAGAUUACCUAAUUGACUAUCAAACCUAUCACUCUGUUUCGGUGGUGUACUUUUGUGUGGACGUGAAUGUGUGAUAUUAUUUUUAAUAUUGAAAAUAAACAUUAAGUGAUUAUUAAAAAUGUUUAAUGUAAAUAAUUUAAUUGAAGCUGAUUUAAUCGGCUAAUUACCCAAAUAUUGUAAUGUAUAUUUAUGUACAGAUCUCAAUUAAUUAUUUAUUGCAAUAAUUAUUAUUGUUAGUACAUAAAAUUAUCUUUUAUAAGUCCUAUUAUUUGUUAGCGAGAUUAUUGUCACUGUAUGUGUAAUGUUUC